AUGAAAAGAGCCGGUUCUGGAAGAGUCGCGCGCAAAAUUGGCGCAUACGAUGGAGAUUCCGCGGAGAGUACGGACACAUCGAGCGGCACAAAACAGGAGCAAGGACAAACAGUCGUAAAACGGCCUACUUUUGCGAAGGCAAAGAAGCGCUCGUCGCAGCGCAUAUCAUUUGGUUCAAGCGCGGAGGAUGGAGACGAAUCCAGUGACACCGCUGUGAUCACACCCAAGAAGUCCACUUUGAGUCGCAUAGCAAUUGAGAAGAAUGCCGAACGAAGAGCCAGGUCACCGCUUGUGCCUAGUGCGCCUCUGAAGGAAGAUCGGCCUAGCUACGACAAAAGCCACCUCGAUGAACUGCGGAACUCGACCCCUUCGACCCCGAAAGAUCUGAAACCUACGUCGGACGAAGAGGAUGAGGUACGAGAAUUGGAUAUUGCUUCGAAAUUCGGUUCCCCAGCUCCCCUACAAGCACACAGCUCCGCGAUACCGACAGAUGCGGAGAUCAAAGAAAAGAAAGCGAGGCGCGCGAGGUUGGCAUCGGAGUAUGCGGCAAAAGAUGAUAACGAGGAAGGAACUUGGGAUUCAGAUGACAACGAUGAAUUUCGCGGCGGGAGGAACGAGAUAUCACUACGACCGAAAGAAGAACAAGCCGACACUCGCCUUGUCCACGAAGACGAAGACAUGGCUGAAGGAUUUGAUGAUUACGUUGAGGAUGGUGGGAUAUCACUGGGAAGGAAAGCAGAACGCGCCGCACGACAGCGGCGACGUGCUGAAAUGGCCGAACUCAUAGACAAUGCUGAAGGUGGAUCAGAUGAUGACGGGACGGACGAUUCCGAAGCGGAAAGGCAUGCUGCGUAUGAGGAGGCUCAAACUCGAGCAGGCGCCUAUGGGAAAACCAUUCAGAAGUCGGACGAUGGUGCGAGAACUCCACCAAAGAUCACUCCUUUGCCAGAUCUCGAGGGCGUUUUGGAACGCCUGCAGCUUGAGGUGACCAAUAAGGAGCAAAGAAGAGCUGCAAUGAUGCAGAGGCUACAAGAGCUACGAGACGAAAAAACCAGUAUAUCGGAGCGGCAAAAGUAUCUCCAGGAGCAAUUGCAGAAGACUGGAGAGCAAUACGAAAAGCUACGAUUAGAGGCCGGAAUGCCUGCACUGCCUGCAAGCGGUGGAGAUGGAACCAAGCUCUUAGUUAAUAGAGGAUUGGAAAGCCUUGGAACAACACCACUGGAAAACACACCUAUACCCACUCGCCCUGAAGAUGACUAG